AUGUCUUUAAGUCAUGACCGUGCACUCUCAAAUCCUGAAGAGAAUUUAGAGCCAAACCAACAACGAAAUGUGUGAAGUAGAGCCUCCAAACCAAAACCUAAAGGUUCUCAGAAAUCUAAGACUAGAAGUACAAAAUCAAGCAGUAGGCUGAAGAGAUCCAGAAAUGUGAAUAAAUUACAGAAGUUAUCCAAAGGGCAGAUAGAAACAGUCCCAGCUCAAGAAAUUGAAGAUUUAUUCACCUCUAGCAAGUCUAGAGGAAGAAAGACUGAGAAAUAACGUCCUUAAGCACUGGAAGAGGUUUAUUUUCAAUAAUAGAUUGGGUAAAGCAGAGCAACAGGACCCCAGAAAGGCUCCUUGCCCUCUCAGAAAUAGCAUUCACCAACAGAUCAAGAGAUCUGAAUUUGAAGAUAAUUAUGGAAGUCAGUCCUUCUCAAAAAGAAAUGAAUACAUUAGAGGAACUCAGCAAUUAGGCUCUAAGUGUCCUGCAAACCCGAAUGGAGGGAAGACCUCAAGGCCUUCUUCAAGUUUUCGAAGUUUCAACACAGAUUUGAACCUAACUGGGAAGCGGAUCGGUUCCCCUUCAGGUUCCAAGACUGUUAGAAAUAGUAAAAAUGUAGGAAAUUGAAACAAGCCUCCACAGAAUGGCAAGGAGAAGUGCUCACGAGCUAUCAAAAGGAGACCUAAAAGUUCAAGGCAAUUCUUAGUAAAGAACAAGACUAAAUCCUCUACAAAAUACAGGAGUGAUUACUUCCCAGAUUAUCAAGCAAGGCACUAAGUUUAACAUUUAGCAAAU